CCCUCCAAAGGAAGAGGAGGAGCUUCUGGCAAAAAGGGCGCGAAACCUCCACUUCCGGAAGCCAAUCGGGCAAGGAAGGAACUCCCUGUAUCGGCGAUCAGAGGAGCCCGGAUGAUGGAGGAGGAUGGAGGAGCCCGGCGGAGGAAGGAAGGAAGCAUCGCCCGAGAGGAGGAGGAGAGCGGGCCCCGCAGAGCAGCCCUGCCUGGAGACCGCGGGGAAAGGCCAGGGGGCUCCAGGGCUGCAGGAGGGAGGAGCCCAGGGGGAGCCCGGGAAAGGCGGCUGCCUGGAGGGCGAUGCGAGGAGGAGGAAACGGGCGGAGAUCCCGAGACGGGCCUGGAGGGCAGAGGCUCCUUCGGAAGACCCGGGAGUCCCCAAAUGGUCCAGAAGGGAGGAAAGGAAUAUCAGUGCCCGGAAUGUGAAACAUCCUUCACAAGAAAUGGACAUCUUCAAAGGCAUAUAAGCAUCCACACAGGAGAGAAGAAAUACAAAUGCCCAGAAUGUGAAAAAUCCUUCAGAACAAACGGUCUUCUUCAAAGCCAUCUAAAAAUCCAUUCCGGAGAGAAACCUCAUAAAUGCCUGGAGUGUGGAAAGAGCUUCAGGCAUUUGGGAAACCUUUAUAGACAUGAAAGGGUCCACUGGAGAGAGAAACUGAAUAAAUGCCUGGAGGGAGGAGAGUCCUUUGGAAGACUCAGGAAACUCCAAAGAAUCCAGGAGGGAGGAAAAAAGUAUCAGUGCCCGGAAUGUGAAAAAUCCUUAAAAACAAAUGGACAUUUUCAAAGGCAUCUAAGGAUCCACUUGGGAGAAAAGAAAUUUGAAUGCCCAGAAUGUGAAAAAUCUUUCAAAAGAAAUGGACAUCUUAUAAACCAUCUAAGAAUCCACUCAGGAGAGAAACCAUAUAAAUGUCUGGAAUGUGGAAAAAGCUUCAUUGUUGUUGGACACCUCAAUCAACAUCAAAUGAUUCACUCAGGAAAGAAACCUUAUAAAUGUCUGGAGUGUGGGAAUAGCUUCAAUAGGAGGGGAAACCUUUAUAAACAUCAAAGAAUCCACUCAGGGGAAAAACCAUAUAAAUGCCUGGAAUGUGGAAAGAGCUUCAAUAGGAGGGAACAUGUUCAUACACAUCAAAGAAUCCAUUCAGGGGAAAAACCAUAUAAAUGCCUGGAGUGUGGAAAGAGCUUGAGGCAGAAGAGAAGCCUUAAUAGGCAUCACAGAAUCCAUUCAUUAGAGGAACCAGAUAAAUUCCUGACGUAUGGAAAGAUAGUCAAUCACAGAGGAAACUUUUAUAAACAUCAAAGAAUCUGCUCAGGAGAGAAACUAUAUAAGUGCCUAGAUUGUGGAAAGAGCUUUACUCAGAGUGGACAUCUCCAUCAACAUCAAAGAAUCCACUCAGGAGAAAAACCUUAUAAAUGCCUGGAGUGUGGAAAGACCUUCAGUCAGACGAGCAGCCUUUAUACACAUCAAAGAAUCCACUCAGGAGAAAAACCACAUAAAUGCCUGGACUGUGGCAAGAGUUUGUCUUCAAAGAGAAACCUUUAUUCACAUAAAAAAAUCCACAGAAGAGAAAAUCUAUAUACCGUAUAUACUCGUGUAUAAGCCGAGUUUUUCAGCACAUUUUUCAUGCUGAAAAAGCCCCCCUCGUCUUAUACUCAAGUUAGGGUCCCACUCAGGUGAAAUCUAAAAUUUUUCGCUAGUGGUUCUGUGGGCGUGGCUUGGUGGAGGGGUGUCCUGUGACUGAGUGGACGUGGCCAACUUGAUGUCACAGCCACGCCCACUCAGUCACAAGACCACCACACACACCAAGCCACGCCCACAGAACCCGGUAGGAAAUUUUUUUAAAUUUCUAUUCUACCACCUGCUCUCUCUUCACUUUGGGUUGGGGGCCAGGGGCCAGGUCCAUUCCCUGAGGCCCCAGAGCCGCCACCUGCUCGCCGCUUGCCUCAACCAGGUAGGGCAGCGGUUCUCAACCUGGGGGUCGCGACCCCUUUGGGGGUCGAACAGCCAUUUCACAGAGGUCGCCAAAGCCCUCUCUGCUCCCCCCCCCACGCCUUCACUCACCAUCACCCUCUGCCUCUGUUGGAUCGCCGGUCGCUGUUCACUUACCCCUCCCUCCGGAGUGCCAGCUGAUGGCUAGAGGGAAAAAAACUUUAAAUUCUUGCUGCGGGGCUUCAAAGGGCCGCCCUACAGCUGAUCAGUGUUAAAAGAAAAUGAAUGAAUAGACCGGUGCCUGCAAAAAUAGAAAAAACAGCCCUGUUCAGCUUCAGCAUAGGUUAAUUACCAUAAGUUGAUUUGAUCAGCCUCCUUGCUCUCAGCUGUUUUGCGGAGGGCUCUGUUGCUAGGUAGCUGCAAAGAGGUAAAUUCCUGGAGCAGAUUUUUUUUCCCUUAGCUAUGCUGAAAAAGCGAAAUUGAAAGUAAAGUAGGGUCUUUGCUGCAACGUGACAAAAUGAGGCAGAGAGAGAUUUCUUUUUCUUUUUCCUCACCAAAAAAGAUAGGUGCAAAACUGCAAACAAUGGGAAAUUUAGGGCAAAAGAGGAGGUUCAAGAUUUUAAAACACAAAAGAAAAAAAGCUCUAUUUAACUAGGGAAUUGUAAUAAUUGAGAUACUAUUAAUUGUAUAUUGUGUUGAAAGCAGAAAUGGUUAAGUUGUGGUUUGGAGGAAUAUAUGGGGGAAAUUAUUUGGUUUAUUAUUAUUGGUAAAUAUAAUUAAUUGAUUUGUAAGAAAUUGGAUUGCAUGGAAAUAAUUGGAAUAUUCAUGUUCAUAUUGAUUAAUAUACAAAAAAGAUAUAACUAAUUGAUUUAUAUUAAAAUGUUGAAUUUGUAUUAAACAACUGUAUUACAUAAUUAACCAAUGUGAGGAUGGAUAUAAAAAUAGAUGACAAUGGGAAGGGGUAUAAUAUAGAAUAGAAGAGAAAAAUUGAAUUAAAUUAUUAAGAUUGGAGAUGAGGAUGAAGGGUAAUAUUGGUUUUUUAAAAAAAUAGAUGAAUAAAUAUGGCAAAAAGGAAAUAUAGAAAUUGAAAUUUAAA